UCUGGUAUUUUGCAACUGUACCUGGCUCACGAAAAUGGCAUUAACUGCUAAAAUAAAACUACUGCGGAUCCUGUCGGUGGUUCAAUGCUGUAUUGCAGUGUGGUUAGUGGUGCUUGGAAUCGUGGAACGCGUUCGCGUUAGAUGGCAACAGAGUGGAUUGGGAAUGCCUGUUUGGUUUGGAAUUUGGGUAAGAAAACACGAAAAUUGAUCCUUAUUAUGUGGAAAAAUCUUAUUUUGUUUGGAGUUUCAUCGUAGAUUUCAGUUUCAGUGAAAAAGAAAAAAAAAACAUACUGAGUAAUUAACUGUGCGUUGCAGUGAGAAGUUUAAAUCAGGACAUGAACACUGCGAUAAUAUAUCGAUGACUAUAGAUAUCAAUUAAUCGAUCAAUAGGUAUCCCGUGACUUCGUUCUGGAAUGGUCAGUUCGUUCCACUUUUAAAAUAGUCAGAUCGUUCCACAAUGCAGUCAAAACUAAUUUCAGGAGUCUUAAAAGCUUGGUGUUACCCGAGUGUAUACCUCGUUUUUUAAGCCAAGAAGCAAAAACAAAAACAAAAUAAAAAUACUGCCCUUUGCCCUCACAUCAAGUUUUACACUAAAACUGUGGAAUGAUCUGGUCAUAAAGAAGAAUGAUCUUGCUUGGAAACAUCUGACCAUGGAACGAAGUGACCAUAAACCAACUAACACUGUCACAACUGGCCACCAUAACAAUAAAUGUGAAGAUUAAGUGGUUGCUUUCGGGAGGUGGUCUCAUACUGUACGAGAGUCAACAACAGGGGAUCUUUUCCGAGUUCUUAAACAGGUACUAACUUAUUUGAUGUUUGGAAGAUAAUUAAAUUAUUGCAUGUAAAAUGUUUUGAUUGAUAAACAUUAUUGAUUGGGAAAGUUGUUGUGCAGGUUGUUGCAGAUUAUCACUGAUUAUCAAUUUCAGUGAUAUAAUCAAAUAAAUUACUUGUAAAACAGAUGUUAAGGGGCCACAGAGACCAUACUAUGUACACUGUAUGAUCGAGAACAGGUUUAAAGGGACAGUGUCUUGAUUAUAUUAUUCAUUAUUGUGUUGUAUCUGGGAGACUCGCGGAAUUAUUGUGAGAGAGGUGACAUUUACGUAUUAAGUUGGUCAAACUUUUUUUGUAACAUUAUUUUUCCCAGGGACAAAUAAGAGUGUUUUUAAUAGCAAUAUGAUUGAUAAUGGGGAGGAGAGGUACAAGUUUAUCGUUAACGCAAAGUGAAUUUAUAUAUUGUUUUGCACUUUAUUUAUAGGUUGGCAUCACUGGUGCUUUUGGUAUUUUUAUCACCUUUAAACAUAUUCAGAACACAUCACAUGGUCCAGUCAUUCUUCAGCAUUUGGUAAGCAUCAUCAGAAAUUUCCAUUAAUUUUUUAUUAUAUUAAAUAUAAAUUGAAAUGGUAUAGCCAUAACACCCACGUUUUCAAAACACUUAGUUAACGGUCCUUACAUAUAGACACUUAAAAAUUAAUGAUUUUCCUUGUAACCCUUUUCAUAUACUUUAUAGUGUUCUUCAACUUGUGAAUUCCCUCCUAUUUGAUACAUCAUGCCUGAAGCCUAAAAAAGGGUACAUCUUUUAGGCAGAGCCCCUCUUUAUAUACCAUGAUAGGGAUUCCCCUCCCAAAAAUUCAAAUCCCUUUCAAAACAAAUCAGAACUCAGAAUAUUAAUAAUUUUAAGGUCUUCUAGGAUUUCAAGGGAAGCUGGCUUUUGUGUUAAUUAACCAGUAAAAGUAUACAGAUUGAACAAAUAUAGACUGCUGUGAUACAGCCCCUUGAAUUAAUUUCUAUUUAUGUUUCAUUUCUUUACCUUUACAAAUGCAGGCCGUGACCUUGAUGGGUUUCUCAUUGACAUGUGGUGUUCUCUCUGCCCUUCUCAUCUUCAAUUACUCACAUGAGCUGUCCAUUGCUUCCCAUAAGCAACUCAGAUAUUACACCCGCAGAGGGGACGAGAAUUUUGUUUUAGAAAACAUUUCUCUCAUACCAGAUGUAAAAUAUUCUGAGGAGCAUACCCUUGUAGGUUUUAUAUUUGGAUUUACAGUUGUGGAGCUGAUUGUUGCGAUGUGGUCAGCGGCAAUCUGUCGUGUUAGCGACCAUCAGAAGUCACCCACUGAAGAAGAACGGGUAAGUUUCCUGACCCUCCCCAGCCACUCAAUUUCUUUUAAAGGCAAUAUAUGUACAAACAGUUUUACUCCUAACAUUAAAUUAGCGAGCCCUUCUUGAAAGGGUGGAGGAGUAUGGCCCUAGCUGCCCCAUCAUGAUGUAAAGGAACCCGGGAAAUUUGUGCUUGUGGAAUCCGGAUUCCUGGGAUUUGGAAACCAGAAUACAGCUCAAGGAAUCUGGAAUCCCACUAAUGUUUGUUCCACUUCAAGACUAGAAUCCAGUACUUGGAAUCCGGAAUCCAUGGCAUGGAAUCCAUAAUCCAAGACUGCCAUUGCUUCCCUAACAUUAGGCAACGCUAAACUAGUCUGAAUUUCAAAACCUGUUGUUUCAGAAAGAAACAGAAGAAAGCAAAAUUCCCUAUCAAUAUUUUACUGUUAUGGUUUCGCUGCACUGGUCGACCAUGUAGUCGCCAGUGCAACUCCGUGGUAACAGGUCUACUGACUCCUAGGAGGAUUUGAACUGUACUGUAUAUAUUUGCCCUUAUCUUCAUUGCUGUCGUAAUUUCAACUCAUUUUUGUUUCAUUUGUCACCAUUUUAUAUUUCUUAUGUUACUUUUUUAAGGUCAUGUCACUUGUUGAAAUCUUAUUCCAACAGGGUGCCACUUGUCAAAGCAAAAAAGAUUCACGAGAAAAUUCAAUUUUUUUUGUGAAAUCCGUAAAAGCAAAUAUGACCAUAUUUCAAAAAUUCCACCAAAGAGGAAACUCAUUUGAAUGGUAACAACAUAGGAUUUUGUUGACCCACCAAUUUAAAAGCAAGGUUUAUAAAUACAUGUGGUUUCACCGUACAUGUAACUUGUUAAGGGGUCAAAGAUUUAAGGAGGGAAUUAAAAAUUCAGAGUUAUGUCGCAAAUGUGAAAUCAAUGAUCAACUCAGUUGGUAAAAUCAAAUUUUGGGUACCAGUCCACUGAUGCAAAAUCGCAGCCGGUUUGUUUUGAAACUAACUCCAUCACUUGUGUGCAUGUUUGACAAUACCCUUUCAUUUGAGAUAAAAGCCUUCCUAGAAGAAAAGGUUGAGAAAAAUAUCCUGAUUUGUCAGUGGCUAGCAGAUGGCUGAGGCAAAUAAUUGAUCUGUGAGACACUGACAAAUCAUGAUAUUUUGCGAUAACCGAGUUCAAAUGUUUUUUUCCAUUCGAUCACCGAGUUUGUUUUUUAAUGAAUAUCUUUGGGAAGCGAAGUGAUCUGCCAUUUUCACGCAAGAGCGAUCGCAAGAAGGAGAAAUGCACGGUUUCAUUUACGCAUGAGCAGAAUGUUAUUUGCAGCCAAUUUACACGGUAGGACGAAAUUGCACACGAGCAGACCAUAAUUUGUAGGCAGUAAUUUGCAGGUCACGUAGAGGACUCGGGGCUAAUGAAACGGAAGAAACAUUCGCAUCCAACAAUAAAAAUGGUUAUUUGCAGAGUGAAAUAAUUGCAUUUUUAAUGGUAGUUUUUUGUGCAUUUUAUUUUUCUUUUUAGUGUGAAACUCCACUGAUAGUGUCACCAAGUUCUCAAGGACAAGGAGGCCAAAGUGUGGCCAGUAGGUUUGGAUAUACAGCCGGAAAUGCCUAGAGGCAGUAGAGAAGUUGUACGUUUGGAUGAGGUGUUGGAACAAAGUUGUAACAGCUGCUACACAGGCUAUUUUAAAUACAUACAUCACAAUCAAUUUACAUGUAUAUAGUCAGAAAAAAAGAGAUGUCUGUUUUAGGGAGUUGUCCUGUUCUUUAGUGUCAAUGUAUUUAGCAUGGAAGUACUUAGUGAAGACACUAUAUUUACGACCUCUGCUGGAGACGGGACCGCCAUUUUACGCUCUCAUCCCGAGCUACUCGAAGGGCUACCCGUUUGUAGGGCAAAGGCACUACCUUCAUUUUUCAGUUAUUUUAAGACCCUAAAUACAGUCAACUCUCUUUUAGACGGAAACUUUUGGGACCGGCACUAUUUGUCCGUCUUAUGCUGAGUCAACUAAAAUUAGUAAAUAAAGGCGGGCAAUCUAGGUGUCCGUCUCACAGAGGUGUCCAUCCCACAGAAGUGUCCAUCUUACAGAGGUGUCCAUCUCACAAAAGCGUCCAUCUCACAGAGGUGUCCAUCUCACAGAAGCGUCCAUUUCACAGAAGUGUCCAUCUCAGAGAGCUGUCCAUCUCACAGACUUGUCCGUUAAGAGGGAGUUGACUGUUUUGGUCCAGUCCUGGAAAUCGUCCCGCGACAUCCCGCUCUACAAUCAAGCGCUCUGCUGACUGAGCUACAGUAGUCUUGGUGCGGUUAUGGAAAAGACGAAGAGAAGAACUGACGAUGGGCAGGAACAUCCUCAAGGAUUCCGUUUUUAACAAGUUGUCCGUCUCAUAGAGAGUCAAUCAAAAAAAAAAAAAAAAAAAAACUGAAGAGCUGCAGGAACCAAUUCUAGGAGUCCGAUUUAGGUAGUUCUCCGUCUUAAAGGAAAUUCCAUUGAUAUGUAUUUGACUAUGCUAUAUAAUUUCUCAAAGGGAGGAAUACCGUAACGGUCUCCAUUCAUCAGUUAAUAAAGGAGGAAGUAACUUGAACAAUUCUCUCAAAGCCGUCAUCAAUUUAUCUUGCCCGUCCGCGCGAAAUGCGCUUAUAAAAAGCUAGUACACCAUACUGAGUGCCAAUUUAGUGUCUUAAACAAUUCCAUGUUUACUCUGGUUAAACAC